GCUGGCGUCAAGUUCGAUCCCACGGAUCAGGAGCUGAUCGAGCACCUUGAGGCCAAAGUGAAUGCUGACAGCGCGAGAUCUCACCCUCUCAUCGAUUUGUUCAUACCAACCGUUAACAGCGAGCACGGCAUAUGCUACACCCAUCCUGAGAAACUUCCAGGUAUCACACUAAGUGGCCUAAGCAAGCAUUUCUUCCAGCGCAAUUCCAGGGCGUUCAAAAGGGGCAUGUGGACGCGUCGCAAGAUACAUUCGGAGUGCGGCAUGCACGCGAUGUGGCACAACAUCGGCAAUACCUUGCCGGUGAUGGUCAACGGCCGGCAAACGGGCAGCAAAAAGGUUCUGGUGCUGCACACCAACAAGAACUUCGACCAGCAGAGGACCAACUGGGUGAUGCACCAAUACCACCUCGGGGACCUGGAGCAAGAGAAGGAGCGGGAGAUGGUCCUCUGCAAGAUUUUCUAC